CCAGGCGGGUGAGAAAUCUCAGCGGGGAAGAAGCCCCUGAGCUCGCAAAUGCCCAGCACGGGGUGUGCAGCAGAGCUGGCGAUUGCAGCCGGGGAGGUGAGGACUGCAGUGCGAGCUGAGCGGGAACAGCCCCUUGCCAUGGCUGAGGCCCCAGAGGCACGGAAUGCUCCGAAUGCCAGCGGCUGAGCGAGCCACGGGGGCUGCUGCUGGACGAGCGAGAAAGCCAGCAGGAGCAUUUCAGGCACGGCAAGGACAGCCCAUCGCUCUGCCCGCUCCCGCUGCUGCUUCCUUCGCUCCCGCCCACAGUCGAUUCCGGCAGCUCUCUUAUCUCGGGGCUGCCACGUCCUCUCCGACUCUUCCUCACUCAGCGAACACGCAGCUUGCUCUCGCCAUGCACCUCGCACAUCUCAUCCUCAGCGUCUUCCUGGCACAGCUCCUGGGCACCAUGGGGCAGAUCACGGUCACCCAGGAAGAUGGACAAGUCAUGGUGAAACAUGGACACACAUUCCACACCACCUGCAAAUACCAGAGCAGUAAUUUUGACGGACUAUUCUGGUACCAGCUGCGGAAAGGCCAAGCCCCCCAGCUGCUCUCCUAUCAAGCAGGGACUGGCCCCAGGCACAUCGGUCGUAUCAGCACGCACCUGAACACCACGGGGAAAUACAGUGUCCUGAAGGUGGAGGAAGUGGAGGGCUCUGACAGUGCCCUGUACCUCUGUGCUGUGCAAGACACCCUGGUGCAGGGAGCUUCCUCGGCUGUGCAACAACCCAGGGGAGGGAGGGAGGGGAGCAGCCCCGUUUGCAUGGACACACGUGAAGCACAAAUUGGUGGAUGGCUCCACACUGCUGUGCACGAGCCUGUGUCAGUCCGUGUGUGUCCCUCAUCAGGAGGGAAUUCCCUGCCGAUGCCAGGGACACCGAGCACUGCUCUGGCCCUGCACAGCACAGAGCAGCAGCUUGCCAGGCUCAGAAGGAGCCCGAGUGCAGCUGAGCGCUGA